AUGGCAGAUCCCCAACCUCAAGUUGGCAUGGAGCAUGCUCAAGCCGACGUGGAGCAGGCUCCCGGCACGCAGUUGAGCGACGACGCAACCCGUCCGCCGUGGGCAGAUGGCCAGUCUCACCCUCCCGAGCCUGCGACCGAUAUUCUUGCAGAUAAAGUCAUUGUCCUUAGCUUCCGAAAUCUCCAAUUGAAGCGGAUUGGAGCACUUCAAGACAAGCUGAUUGGACUUUCCAUGGCGAGGGAGCCUUUGCUUCCUGAUCAUGCUGACCGGGUGGAUGAGACUUUGAGGGCUUACGCGCAGGCAUUGAGAGACUACGAAACACUUUCAGUGAAUGCACUGCCCACAAUCCCUAUCGGCGCUCGCUUGGUCGGCAGCAUGGGAACUGCGGGUGAGGAGCGUGAAAUCACAAUCCCAAGGACGUUUGGUGACAGAGUCGCCAAGCUUGCUUUGAAAACGUUUCCCGGGCUAGAAGCAUUCAUGUUUUCUCUCGGAAGCCACAGAGCUAUGUUAAGACUGCUCCCCGGAGACUCUAGGAACCCCUUGGAGUGGGAGCUUCUCACGAAGAGUUUUCGCAUCGUGUCUCAACGACUCUCCGUCAAUCUCGGCCCAUCGUCAGCAGUCGACAUGAUGGAAGAGUCAUGUGGAAAGCUAGGCUUCCGCGAGCUUGACCAGCAAGGGAGGUUACGCAGGGCAGAAAAGCAAGCUCUUACCCAACGAAUCCUCAUGGGUAUAUUCGGCGGGAUUGCUCUGAUAUGCCCAGUCCUGGUCAUGGUUCUUUAUCCAUCUCGAAAUACCAAUCUGGUCACUGUGUCGGUCGCAACGAUUCUGUUUGCCUUUCUUUUGGCAUUUGGGGCUUCCGAUGGUACUGGUAAGGACGUUUUGGCCGCGACCGCCGCUUAUACGGCUGUGCUGGUUGUGUUUUUCGGGACGAGUGGGAGCUCAACAUAG